CGCUGCCAGUCCCGUACUCGAGUUCCUCCGCUUGCCCUAAUCAGAAGGGGGAGCUCUUGAGGCAAGAAAAGAUGGCAACUUUGUUGGCAAACCGAAGGUUUCACAUCUCCCUCCAUGGCCAGUUUCGAUGCCUCGUUAUUUCUUCGGGGGUGAAGAACAGACGUGAUUCAUCCGGUCGUGUUAGAUGCAUUCCGGGGGAAUACGCCAAGAUCAGGAAAGCAGCAAAUUUUUCGCAUCUGAAGACUGCCAAGGAGAAAGAAACCUACCCGACCGAAACAGUCUCUUCCAAAAAUAUCAAAUUUCACCGGAUUUUUUCACGCAACAGUCUCCCUGAUGCAGAGGGCGCAAGCUCAAGUGGUAUCUUUGAUAGAGCUGAAGAACUCCUAGAGUUCAAAGAUGUCAGUAGUUGUUCUCUAGAUAUCAUGGAGGAUGCUGCAGAGGAAGAGUUUGGACAAUGCCCUGGUGAGGAACAAGAUUCUGAUAUAACAAAGAUCGCUGAAACUGGGGAAGUAAUGAAAAGUAGAAUUAAGCAGGAUGCUGAGCAAAUGGCAAUUGAAUUACUUUCGGCCAGAGCAUUUACAACACUUGAGCUGCGAAAAAAAUUACGAGGCAAAAAAUACCCUCUUGAUAUAGUUGACUCGCUGAUAGCCAGUUUAAAAGACAGGGGUUUGAUAAAUGAUGGUCUAUAUGCGGAGUCAUUCUCUCACUCUCGUUGGUUGUCCUCGACUUGGGGUCCAAAGCGUAUAAAAAAGGCACUUAGGCACAAAGGGGUGAGUGAAAUGGUAGCAGAUAAAGCAACAAAAGAGGUAUUUGAGGAGGAUGACACUGGUGGCAACGAUCAGAACAUACAACAUGGCAUUUCCAAACAUUCAAUGGAACGUCUCUAUCUUCAGGCCUCUAAGCAGUGGUUUCGCAGCCAGGACUCAUCUCUUCAGAUUCGGAAGUCGAGAAUUGUAAGGUGGCUGCAGUACCGUGGAUUCAGCUGGGUAAUCACUAACAACAUAUUAAGAAGGCUCGAAUCAGAUUAUCCACCAUGAGAGUGUCCUUGGCAACCUGCUGAUAAUUUCUCCAAAAUCCUGCUGUAAUUAUUGCCCAGGUUUGGAGAGUGGCUUCUGCUGAAUCACUUGUGGAGAACAUGCUUGCCUACUCUUGAUGCAUGUUGAUAAUGGCAUGACCAAUUGGUUGAUGUUCCAAAUCCUGCACUCGGGGAUGUGCGUUCAUCUCAUUGUCUUUUGGAGUUGGCAAAAGCAAUCAAGCUUUAUUCUCUAUAUGUGAGGCUAGUUGCACACAAGACUAACAGUGAUUAGAGUAUCUUUCACAACUUAAUGCUGAAACUUUUUGUUUUUUGCUUCCUAACAAUUUCCAUGGAGUUUUACAAGGUAUAAAUGCCAAUUAUACUUUCAUUGUCUC